AUGGGAGAUCGAGGAAGAGGUAUUCCUAAGAUAUGUAGAUGUGGAGAAGCUGUGGUAAUGAGGACAGCAAAUACUGCUAGAAAUCCUGGACGAUUGUUUCAUUCUUGUCCUCAUGGGAGAGAAGGGGACUGGUUUCACACGUUUAAAUGGACUGAUGUUAGUGUUUAUGAGGAGAUGGAAGAUAUGAUUGAAAAAGUGGAAACCAUUGAAGGUGAUUCAAUGAUGUUUCAAAAGAGACUUAAUAAAUGUGAAAACGAGAUUGAGAAUCUGGAAAUGGAUACCCGUGUGUGCGAAGCUGUGGUUGAGAAGGAGAUCCAAGAAUGCAAAAUGCAGCUCCGGAGCUUGAAGAACAUUCUCAGAUUUGUGUUAGUGAUCAUUCUGUUUUUCAAGUUUAUCUUUUAA